UCAUUUAAAACGGUGUGGUGUUGGUUCAAGCUUUCUGAAAACACAAGACAUCAUCUUUUGUCGAUGACAACAUCGUCGGCAUCAACCUCUACGUGGGUGUCCACGACCUCUGUGUCUUCCUCAGGGAAGAGAAUCCAGAGAGAAAUGGUUGAGCUCAACAUGGACCCACCUCCUGAUUGCUCUGCUGGGCCCAAGGGUGACAAUCUCUACCACUGGGUUGCCACCAUCAUUGGCCCUCCAGGAACACCAUACCAAGGUGGCAUAUACUUCCUUGACAUUACAUUUCCUGGUGAUUAUCCAUUUAAACCUCCAAAGAUCGUAUUCAGGACUCGAGUCUUUCAUUGCAAUGUCGAUUCUUCUGGUAAUGUAAGUUUGGAAAUCGUAAAGGAUGGUUGGAGUCCAGCUCUGACAAUUACAAAGGUGCUACUAGCAAUUCGGUCAAUUUUCACAAAACCUGAUCCUUAUAAUCCGCUUGUCCCUAGCAUCGCUCAUUUGUACUUGGCAGAUAAAGUUAAACACGAUGAACUAGCUUCUGAGUGGACAAUGCGAUUCGCCAAGUGAGUUUUACACAGAAUCUGCUCACAGUGCAAGCAUCAGAGUCCAACAGCCUUGCAAGUAGGUCAUGUUUCCAAGAGGUUGAUAAUGGAAAAGUGUAUUAUAACCG